AUAUAACCUCCCCAAAGUUGACGUGUUUCAUGCUGUCAAAGUGUUGUGUAUUUGUAUUUUUUUUUUUUGUCAAUUGAUUUCGUUCGUUUUAAUGUUAAUAUUAAACGAAAAUUGUCUUUCAUCUCGAUGACGCAACUUUAUUUACGAGUAAACGUUUCAGAACUAUCUUAAUAUUUUUUCAAUAAUAUUGUAAAUCCAGGAGAUGGAUUUAACUCCCUUGUUUAGGUGCUCAGUGAAGGAGAAAAGAAAACAAAUAAAGGCAAUAGGAGGCAGCGUUAAAGAUAAUGAUUUAUUUCAUAAAUCUAAAGAAAAAUGUCCUUGCAUUACUAAAUUCAAGGAUCUUGUUGAGCAAAUUAGUAAGCUUAGAGAUUUCCUGCUGGAUAAACGCAAGUCAUACAUGAAUCUUUCUCCUGUUAAUUUUAUUAACAAUGAUGAUAUGACUGAAUUUGAUAGAGACAGAGUUGAUAAUCAAGCCCAACAUAUUAUAAAGGCUUGUACCCAGUUGAUUUCUUCUUACAAGAAAGAAACUUAUAAUUUCGAAGAAGAGAAUCAAGAAAUCGAAAAUCGAAGAGCCAUUCUUGACUUAAUUGAGUCUUAUUUAAAGGCCGUUUGCAAAAUAUACACUGAACAAAAGGCAAUAAGGGUAAAACUGACUGUAGAAUUACAAAAAAUGUCAAAAUUAACCCAAGGUAAUUUAGAUUUUAAGGAAACUAACAGCUUAGCUGAAACAAAACAACAAGAUAGCAGUAAAUCACAACCUGAAAUCGAGGAAAAGAAGGUUAAUGAUUCUGAACGUCUGCGGUAUUCAACUUUUGCUUCUGUGAAUGAGACAGAAGAAAACAAUCUGUCUGGGGAAGAAUUGCAGAUGUUUGAAAUGGAGAAUGAGCAACUAUACAAUGAAUUAAAUAGCUUGAAUGAUGAGGUGAAAGACAUUCAGAGUAAAGUAAUUAAAAUUGCAGAAUUGCAAGAAGUUUUCACAGAGAAAGUAAUGGAGCAGAGUGACGAAAUCGAAAGGAUUUCUACAACUCUUGUUGGUACAACAGAAAAUUUGAAAGAUGCAAAUGUUCAAAUUCGACAAGCAAUUCAAAGUAACGCUAGCCUACGGAUAUAUUUACUAUUUUUUCUCCUAGUCAUGUCGUUUUCUUUAUUAUUUUUAGAUUGGUAUAAUGAUUAAAGAAUGUAAAUAUAUUUUUCU